AUUCAGUUCAGUAUGACAUUGUCAAUUUGCCACAAAAAAAUUAACCCACGAUAUCGUGAUUUCUAUUAGUCAUCUUUAAAUUAAUUAUUAUCUGAGUAUUCUGUACAAUGGAUGAUAAUAAUGCAUCACACUCUACUGAACUUCACAAGGACAAUGACGUCAAACCUAAAAAGAAGAAUAAGAACAAGAAAAAGCGUAGUGGAGGAGAUGGUGACCACGGCGGGUCAAGUUCCGCCGCUGACGGGAUAGUGGCCGUGCCCAGUUCUGGUGACGUUCACCAAAACAUAUCUAUCAAAGAUUUAAAAAUGGCAAUGGACGUCCUUAAUCUACAACAGAAACCAGCUAAGACAACUGAGGAAGCUCUCCACAAGUCAUACCAGUUUUGGUCUACUCAGCCCGUCCCCAAAAUGGAUGAAAAAAUUGUUUCUAAUGAACCUAUCGAACCACCCAAGUCACCAGAGGAUAUAAGAGCGGAACCUUACACUCUACCUGAUGGCUUUAAUUGGGAUACCUUAAACUUAAAUGAGCCUUUGGUUUUAAAGGAAUUGUACACAUUGCUAAAUGAAAAUUACGUAGAAGAUGAUGACUGUAUGUUUCGCUUCGACUAUCAAACGGAUUUCCUCAAGUGGGCACUUCAGCCUCCUGGUUGGAGGAUGGAUUGGCACUGUGGUGUGCGUGUUGUUAAGUCUGGAAGAUUGGUGGGCUUUAUUUCCGCUAUCCCUGCCCAGUUGAGGAUCUAUGACCAUGUGCAAACUGUUGUCGAAAUAAACUUUCUUUGUGUGCACAAAAAGCUCCGUGCUAAAAGAGUGGCUCCGGUUCUUAUCAGGGAGAUAACUAGGCGAGUUAACUUGACGGGGAUAUUCCAAGGUGUCUAUACGGCUGGAAUUGUGCUGCCUAAACCAAUUGCUACAUGCCGCUAUUGGCAUAGAUCCCUCAACCCAAAAAAACUAAUUGACAUUAAAUUUAGUCACCUGUCAAGAAACAUGACCAUGCAAAGAACUCUAAAACUUUUCAAACUCCCAGAUUUGCCUAAAACUCCAGGUUUUCGGAAAUUAGAGCCCCAAGAUUCUGAAAAAGUUGUUCCAUUAUUGAAUAACUACUUGAGUAAGUUUGAUUUGACUCCAAUUUUUAAUGAGGAGGACUUUAAGCACUGGUUUACCCCACAGCCAGAUAUUAUUGACAGCUUUGUUGUGGAAGCUGCCGAUGGAUCUAUUACAGACUUUGUAAGUUAUUAUACUCUACCAUCUACUGUAGUUUACCACCCUGUGCACAAAACAUUGAAAGCUGCUUAUGCAUUUUACAAUGUGUCCACCAAAACUCCAUGGGUAGAUUUAAUGCAUGAUGCAUUGAUAACUGCAAAGAACUCAGGGUUUGAUGUUUUCAAUGCAUUGGACUUGAUGGAGAAUAAGGAGUUCUUGGAGCCACUGAAAUUUGGCAUAGGUGAUGGUAAUCUGCAGUACUACCUGUACAACUGGCGGUGUCCUAGCAUGACACCAAACAAAAUUGGUUUAGUCCUGCAAUAACCCAAAUGUUUAGAUUGGUACUUUAAUAGCCAAUGUUUUCUUUUUGUCACUUUAUUUAAGUGUUUUUUUUUUCAGGAUUAUAGUUUUAGUUCCAAAAUGUUCUUUCAUUUAAAAUUGCCUUAUCUUCUAAUAUAAAUAUUUUAGUGUUGCAGUUGAUCAUAAUGACAAGCAAUGAUUAAUUAAUAGAAUCGGGUGUUACUUUGCGGUAAUAUAUGCAUAUUAAUGAAAAAAAAAAUAUUACUUUGCUUAUCCAAAAGUUAAAAACCCGGCCAAGAGCAUGUCGGGACAUGCUCAGUGUAGGGUUCCGUAGUUACUCUUCCAUCACAAUAAGCAAAACUGGAGCUAUUAGUAUAGUAGAUUGUUUACCAAGGGAUGAAAAGGUACCUUUCACCAGAGUUAAACAAAUAGGCAAAUUUGGAUAGUCAGUACCUAAUUAAAGUAAAAGACGUAUGGCCAUGAUUUUUCCUUUGGACUUACUUCCAAUCGGACACUUAGCAUGUCUGAAGAUAAAUAUCCCAUAGCGAAAACAUUUAUUGCUAUGUAGAUGAAAAAACAUAUUUUAGCAAACAGCAGUAAAUUUAAAAUGAUUUUGUUCUCUAAAGCAUGAAAAAGUUAAGUAUAGCAAUAAUACCUAGACAUAAUGCAUUGUACAUGAGUGCAAUAACCGAAUAAGAAUAUAAAAUUAGGGAAUUGC